CUGCCCGCGGCCUUCCUCUUCCUCUCCAGCCCCACCGGCGGCGAGCCCCCCUCCCAUCCCUGCGCCGACCCCACCCACUACCCCCGCCUCGAAGCAGCCGCGAGCGCUCUCUCCACCGUCCCGCCCUCUCCUCCGCGGUCCCAGAGCUCCCGCCGCGCCGCGGCCUUCCUCUCCUCCUCGGCCGCCGCUCGCCGUUUCCGGCGCCACCCCGGCCCCCGUCGCGCGCGUCGCCGCCAUCGCCGUUCCCGGUCCACUGCUCCCCCGCCAUCUCAACCCCGCCCACGACUCCGGCCAUUGGGUUCUCAGAACACGUCGAUGCAGAACAUAAAACGCUUGCCCAAAAGCGUCCACAGCUCCUUGCGCUCAAGCAUUAUCUUGUCUGACCUCCCAAGGGUUGUUGAGGAGUUGGUAUAUAAUAGCAUCGAUGCAAAUGCCAAAAAGAUUGAUGUCUCAGUAAAUGUCAGAGCAUGUUACGUUAAAGUGGAAGAUGAUGGUUGUGGUAUUGCUCGAGAUGAAUUGGUUCUAUUAGGAGAAAAAUAUGCAACAUCCAAGUUUUAUGAUGUCAUGGGUGAUGCGGAAUCUAGUUCUAGAAGUUUUGGAUUAAAUGGUGAAGCGCUCGCAUCACUUUCUGAUAUCUCUGUGGUUGAAGUCAGGACGAAGGCUCGUGGGAGACCGAAUUCGUACUGCAAGAUAAUAAAGGGAUCCAAAUGCUCACAUUUAGGAAUAGAUGACCAGAGAGAAGCUGUUGGUACAACAGUUGUUGCUCGGGAGCUUUUUUAUAACCAGCCUGUGCGGAGAAAACAAAUGCAAUCUGGCCAUAAAAGAGAACUACACAAUGUGAAGAAGUGUGUCCUGCAAAUUGCACUUAUUCAUCCACAGCUUUCAGUCAGACUUCUUGACACUGACAGCGAAGAUCAGUUGCUGUACACAGUUCCUUCAUCAUCCCCUUUGCAUCUUAUAUCAGACAGUUUUGGAAAUGAUGUCUCCAGUUGUCUUCAUGAAAUAUCUACCUCACAUCAGAGCUGGGCUCUUUCAGGGCACAUCUCUGGACCAACAAAUGUGUUCUGUAAUAAGGAUUUCCAGUACUUGUAUAUCAACUCAAGAUUCGUCAGUAAAAGCCCAAUCCAUAAUAUUCUGAAUAGUCUGGCAGCUAGUUUUCAGUCUUCUGUUACAAGGACGAUUGAAGAAGUCGAUAUUCAGAGCCGAAAGAGGCAGAAGACUGAUGUCUACCCUGCAUUUUUGCUGAACUUCUUCUGCCCUAGAUCUAGCUAUGAUCUACAUUUUGAGCCUUCAAAGACUAUUGUGGAAUUCAAGGAUUGGCAAAGUAUCUUGUUUUUCUUUGAACAAACUAUCACAAACUACUGGAAGAAGCAUCUACCACAAUCAUCAAAAGGCAAAGUUAUUGAUGAUACCUGUGUUCCUCUGAAAAGUGAUGUGAAGUUGAAUAGGGCCUUCGUAAAGCAUCAGAAUGUACAGAACAAGGAAGAUGAUGCUGAUUUACAGCAGCACACUCCACGUAAGAGUUCAGUCAGAGAAAGCAAUUUUGCUACAGGUGCAGCAACAGCUCCUAAAGGCCUGGACUACUUUUCUUUUGAUAUGAAGCCAUCCCCAUGGCACGUCUGUUAUCCAGAUCGAAUCAGCGAUGCAUCUGAACACUCUGACAAUGUUGCUAGGAACGAUCUUACACAUUUUCCUGAAAGGGUCAGUUAUCAGUGGUUCAAGGAUGGUUCCUCCAAGCUAGAAGACUGUGGUCUUUCAGAUGCUAACCCAACUGUUUGGAAAAAGCAACGGAUGGAGGGUAUAUUCCAUGAGCAUGCAUAUUCCUGUGAAGUUGGAAAUUUUGAAGAUGUGCAAACUGAUGGCCUUUCAGCUGAUAACCAAGAGUCUGAGAUAAUGGGUCGAGAAAUUGAUCUCCAAGAACCUUGCUUUGGGGUUGUCAAUAGACCCAACCGAAUUACCUGCGAUUUUAUGCUUAAUGAAACCAAUAUAAAUGCAAACAUGCCUGGCUGUGAUGGAUUAUAUACUGAAUUUGAUAGAUUAGAUGAUGAUUGCCUACUCAAUGAAGUCAUAGAGACAUUGGGUGAUAUUUCUUGCCCUGAGAUGCCACACUUCAGUGAUGGAUUCUACCAUGAAGAUUGUAGUACCCCCAUUAUCUUGAAACGGUGCAGUAGAAGAAAGCAGUUGGGGACUGCAGCAGGGUAUGAAACUAAUGCAAUUGUUCAGAUGAACUUCCCUGAUAUCCAUGGAGCGUGGGAAAAUGACGUCAUGGAUAUGUCCUCCAUCAAAGAUAAUCAUCUUCAUUUCUCUCAUCCAUUCUUGUUACCUGAUACACCUAGCAGUCAAAGUCAUGCAAGGACUGGCUUGGAAUUGCAGGGGAGAUCAAAUAAAAGCUUUACUUAUUGGAACUGCGAAAAUAUCGACAGUGAUUUUAGAUCUACUUGGGACAGAUCCAACAGUAAUUCAUCAAGAAUAUGUGAAGGAUCUAAACAUUUCAAUAACUUAGAUGAUGAACCUCAGUCACCGAAUUACUUCAAUCGUGUCGAUCAGUUUGUUUCUGAAGAUGAUGAGAUACCGUGGAAAUCAAAAAUUGGUGAACCAUUGUCACACAUUAUUUCUCCCGUGAAAAGUACCAAUGGUUACCAGUUGAAUGGCUCUUCUUCCCACCUGGCAAACAACAGUGUGCUUAUUAAAGAUCUACCGAAUCAGGACAAUUUUGGAUGCGACAGGAGAUCUAGGUUUUCCAAGGGUAGAUCUAGGAGCUGUUCCGCCCCACCAUUUUACAAAGGCAAACGAAAAUUCCCUGGAUUAAAUCAGCCUCAGACUAAAUUGACGGCAGACGGUGAUAAAGCUAUCCCCACUAAGGACUCAGAAGAACGUGAACCGGCACCAGAGAAUAUCUCACAUAUGAGUGCAACCCAGCCUAUUCCUGAGACUUGUAGCAGUGAAUUUUCUGGCCUAAAUUUCAGCUUGAAGGGAAACCUGAAAAUGCAUGAAGAGACAUGUUCUGGUGGGCUUGAAAAUUUUCCUGCUCAAAUAACUAAAUGGCGGGAUGACUCUGACCAGCAUACAGCUUUGGAGUUGCCGCAUAUUCCUUCCGCAUGCUACGACGAUAUACUUAACAUUUCUUCUGGGCCUUUACAUCUCUCUUCUAGCUCGCUAGUUCCUGAAAGUAUUGAUAAAAAAUGCUUUGAGGAGGCAAGAGUUUUGUUGCAGCUGGAUAAGAAAUUUAUUCCCGUCAUAUCUGGGGAAAUGCUACUGCUUGUUGAUCAGCAUGCAGCUGAUGAAAGGAUACGUUUGGAGGAGCUCCGUAGCAAGGUUUUAUCAGAUGAUGACCGAGGUAUCACUUACUUGGACUCAGAGAAGGAAAUGGCUCUCCCUGAGGCUGGAUUUCAAUUGUUCCAGAAGUAUGCUGAGCAGAUUCAGAAAUGGGGCUGGAUCAUCAACAAUCCUAGCACUUCCUCUCACUCAUUCAAAAAGAACAUGAACAUUCUGAGGAAACAAGGCCGUGUAGUUACUCUUGCUGCUGUUCCAUGUAUUUUGGGUGUUGAUUUGACAGGAAAAGAUCUCACGGACUUUAUUCAGCAGCUUGAUGAGAGUGACGGGUCCUCGUCUAUCCCUGCAGCAGUUCUCCGUAUUCUUAACUACAAAGCUUGCAGGGGGGCAAUCAUGUUUGGUGAUGCCUUGCUACCGUCCGAGUGCUCUCUGAUCAUUGAAGAGCUAAAAGCGACGUCCCUGUGCUUUCAGUGCGCUCACGGGCGUCCGACCACCGUGCCCAUCGUGAAUGUGGCGUCCCUCCGCCGCCAGUUGGCAAGGCUGGGAUCGCCGAGCGGGAGGAGUGAGGCGGAGGAGCCCUGGCAUGGCCUGUCACAGCACGAAGCCAGCCUCGAGCGCGCACGGACCCGCCUCAGACAGCUGAGGAGGCUGCGGCGUGGCACCCUGUAGGAUGUAGCGGGUAGGGAGACGAGGUAAAUAGCCCUCCAGAAAUACUGAAAUAGUGUGAUUUGUAUUGUAGGGGGGCCGACAAUGUACAGCAGGCACACAUUCGUUUCUGCCGUAGAGAUGAUAAAGCAAGCAUCAACCAGUGUGCUUGUCAAGAGAAGUCCGUCAUUUUCAUGUAAAUAGUAACUACGAUAAAGUACAAUAUUAACCGAGCAAUAAAAGACUGUACAUUUGUCA